CAGGCCAGAGCCAAAAUUGCACUGUGCUCUGUGACUUUUGAGAUGCCCCCCUGAAAAGUGUGGCUUCAUGUGUGCAUAAUGAAGUCAUUGUAGAGUACUGAAGCAGACAGAGUCUAGGUGUUGGUUCCUCUGAGACCAUACUAGGGUGAGACAGGAGAGGAGAUAGGAGCCCAGACGGGAGCUGGAACUAACUGGAUAUAUAUAUUUAUAUAUUGGGAAACUUAACUUCCGUAGAAUAAGCAACAGAGAGACAUCCAUAAUGUUCAGCCCCAGCCGUGGAUGGCUGUCUCCUCUACUGGUGUGGAGUACGGGUAUUCUAGCUGUCAUAAACACAUUCCCUGGAGGUAUAGAGGCCAGAGCUACCUGGGGACCUUGGGAGGAAAGUAGUGAGUGCUCCAGAAGUUGUGGACUUGGAGUGGCAUUCCAGGAAAGAGUUUGUUUACAUACAGGGGAAGAUGACAACAGUGACUGUGUUGGUCCAAAUAAAAUAUACAUGGCUUGUAAUAUACAGGACUGCCCGGAAUCCUCGCGGGAUUACAGACUAGAGCAGUGUGAGGUUUAUGAUAAUGUUCCUUUUGAGGGGAAAUACUAUCAAUGGGAGCCUUAUUAUGGUGCUCCUAACAAGUGUGAACUUAAUUGCAUUGCUAAGGGUGCUAAUUUUUAUGUGCGACACCGUCCUAAAGUAGAAGAUGGUACACAGUGCGGACCCAACACAAGGGAUGUUUGUGUAGAUGGAGUCUGCAAGAGUGUUGGCUGUGAUUUGAUGCUGGAGUCUGGUAUCAGUGAAGACAAAUGCAGGGAGUGUGGAGGAGAUGGAAGCACCUGUAAGACUGUCCAGGGAGUCUACCACACAGAGAACAUCAGGAUUGGUUAUAAUGAUUUCCUCUACCUACCUGCUGGGUCAACCAAUGUGCUGAUAGAAGAGACAGAACCUACUGGAAACUACCUCUCCCUGAGAAACAAAUCAGGCUCCUAUUAUUUAAAUGCUGGGCACAGGAUAGACUUCCCCAAGGACCUCCAGGUUGCUGGCACUGUGUUCAGUUAUAAAAGACAACCACACUACUUCCAGGCUCCAGAAUCUUUGUCUGCACUGGGACCUACAACUGAACCAGUUUAUAUUGUGUUAUUGUACCAAGGUUAUAAGGCCAGCAUCAAAUAUGAGUACUCAGUUCCAAUGGGAGCCAAGAGUACAGGAGUCACCGGGGAAUACACCUGGGGAACUGGAGAGUGGGGAGAAUGUUCAAAGAAAUGUGACACAGGAUAUCAAUUACGGAAUGCAACUUGCCAUAAGAUUACUAGUCGAGAACUGGUCCCACCCUACUUGUGUUCCUUCAUAGAGCAGCCAGUGGUGAACAGAACAUGUAAUACACAACGAUGUCCAUCAAGGUGGCAUGUAGGUCAAUGGAAUCCCUGUACUCAGACAUGUGAUGGGGGAUACCAGUUCCGUAAUGUAUUUUGUCAGAUGGUGGAUGAAGAUGGGGAUAAUCUCCCCGUGGUGCUAGAUGACAAAAGGUGCUAUGAGUCAGUGGGACGAAGACCCUCCUAUCAAAGGCAGUGCAAUACUGAUAUCCCUUGUCCAACAUGGCAGAUUGGCGAGUGGUCUUUGUGUAACACAGUGUGUGGUGAGGGCCAGAAGACAAGACAGGUGGUAUGUGUGGCACAGCAUGCCAUCCCUGGUGCAGUCAGCAGCAUGCUUCCCGACAACAUGUGCAACGAGUCUGCACGUCCGAACACGACAGAGGCAUGUUAUCAAGUGCCUUGUGAGGGAGUAGAGUGGGCAGUGUCUGAGUGGUCUCAGUGUGAAGGGGACUGUGGUAUGGGCAUGCAGUCCAGAGAGGUGAUGUGUGUAGAUAAGACAGGCAAGCACCAGGAUGAAGACCUCUGUGAUGCUGCAAGGAAGCCAGAUAGUUCUCGGCCAUGUCAGAACCAGGCCCUGUGUAGUCCUAUGUGGCAUGUGUCUGACUGGGCAAAGUGUUCUUCCAGCUGUGGUCAUGGUGUCCAGACACGGUCAGUGCGUUGUAUCAGGGUAGACCAUAGCACUGGAGACAGCCAGGAGGUCUCAGAUGAUGACUGUGACAUUGCCAAGAAGCCUGUUGAACAGCAGAAGUGCUCCAAGGGGCCGUGUGAUGCUAUGUGGUUCAGUGGGCCAUGGGAUAAGUGUUCCAUGCCCUGUGCUGGAGGCGUCAAAGGCAGGACAGUGAUAUGCUACUCCCCCAAGUUAAGCAAACAGGUGGAUGCUUCCUCUUGUAGCGGGCAACCUGAACCAUUUGCAAAGGAGGUCUGCAAUAUUUUACCUUGUUCUGUGGUUGGCUGCAAAGGGUCAAAAUAUGGCUGCUGUCCAGAUGAUGUGACAGAGGCAUUGGGGCCAGACUUUGAAGGUUGUGAGGAUGUUGAUGUUGUGGAACAAGUAGGCUGCCAGACAUCUGAAUUUGGCUGCUGUUUAGAUGGAGUGACUAGUGCCAAAGGUCCUUUUAUGAAGGGUUGCCCAAAGUUCACAUGCAAGGAAACCAAAUAUGGCUGCUGUUUGGAUGAAAUCACACCCAAAGAUAAUGCCAAGGGUGAUGGCUGCCCUCAGUCCACGCAGCAGGACUGUGGUAAUAUGGCGUAUGGUUGUUGUCCAGAUGGAGUGAUCCCAGCGCAAGGCUUGAACCAUUUUGGCUGCAGAAGGGAGAAGACUUAUGAAAAUGUGGAGUCAGGAAAGAAGCUGCGAGAAUUAGUUGUAACCAAACCAAGUUUGCUGAAUGGAUUUGAUGCAGAAGAUUUGUGUCCUAAUGGCGCUGGUUGUGAAGAUGGAUCAGGUGAAGUUGAAGAGUGUGAGAACACCAUUUAUGGUUGCUGUGAUGAUGGUGUCACAGCUGCUCAGGGACCACAGAGAGAGGGCUGCCUUACAGUGACUACAAUAAGAACACCCACUGGGAAGGAAAUAGAACAAACCACUAAGAAGAUUGCUGGACCCUAUGUUCCUACUGCACUAAAACCAACCCCAGGUGUGGAGGUCCUAACAACAGUAGAAACCAGCAUACCAGUGGCCACCACUCCACUGUCUGCCUCAACACCACUCCCACCAGAUGUCACUGAGGUGUUUACACCAGAUGGCAGCAGUGAGGCAGUGCCAGACACUGGCAGUAAUGAGGUUUUGGUGGGUGGCUGCCAAGGAACUCAGUUUGGUUGUUGUGAGGAUGGUGUAACAGCUGCUCUGGAUGAAGACAAACUUGGUUGUCCUGUGCUGGUUGGUGGCUGUGCAGGAACACAACAUGGCUGCUGUGCUGAUGGGGAAACUACUGCUCUUGGCCCAAAUAAGGCUGGAUGUCCAGAAACAAAACUUGUCGGUGGUUGUGCAGGCACCCAACAUGGCUGCUGUGCUGAUGGUGUGACAUCUGCAUUGGGACCAGAUAAGGCUGGGUGUCCUGAAGUGGAAAUUGUUGGUGGCUGUGCAGGUACUGAGCAUGGCUGCUGUGCUGAUGGCCUGAUGUUUGCCAGUGGACCAGAUCAAGAAGGUUGCCCCGAGAAGGAACUUGUUGGCGGCUGUCAAGGAACUCAGUUUGGUUGUUGUGAGGAUGGUAUAACAGCUGCUCUGGAUGAAGACAAACUUGGUUGUCCUGUGCUGGUUGGUGGCUGUGCAGGAACACAACAUGGCUGCUGUGCUGAUGGGGAAACUACUGCUCUUGGCCCAAAUAAGGCUGGAUGUCCAGAAACAAAACUUGUUGGUGGCUGUGCAGGAACCCAGCAUGGCUGCUGUGCUGAUGGUGUGACGUCUGCUAGAGGACCAGGCAAGGAAGGCUGUCCAGAGACACAGCCAGUCAUUGACAGCUCCAAUGAGGUGGCAGUGACACCUGCAGCAGUGAACUGCUCCCACACUUUCUUUGGCUGCUGCCCAGACCAGAAAACACCGUCACAGGGACCAGGCUUUGCUGGGUGCUUGCCUGAGGAAGACACCAGUUUACCAGGAUGUGACGUGACAUUCUAUGGAUGUUGUCCAGAUGGCGCCACUGCAGCUCAGGGCACACAGUUUGCUGGAUGUAUAGAUAGAGAUACAGUCCCAUGUGUGAGGAGUACAUUUGGUUGUUGUCCAAACAGUGUGGUGGCAGCAACAGGACCAGAUCUUGAGGGAUGUGAUGGCGUGCUGUAUGUUAAGGAUUUCUGUACCAUGCCUGGCCAGAUGGGCAAAUGUCGUAGAUUCAAGGUGAAGUGGUUCUUUGACACCACCUAUGGUGGCUGUAACAGGUUCUGGUAUGGCGGCUGUGAUGGCAACGACAAUCGCUUUGACUCCAGAGAACAGUGUCAGGAAGUGUGUGUUGAACCUCCAGGAGAAGGUGUUUGUCUGCUUCCUGUGGUACGAGGUGGGUGUCAGCAAAACUUGUCACGCUGGUACUUUGACCAGAAGACUAGGUCUUGUAAAACAUUCACAUAUGGUGGCUGUCUUGGUAAUAAGAACAACUUUGAGACUCGUGAUGCCUGUGAACAGUCGUGCAGGAAAUAUGUUGCUGUUGACACUUGUAAACUACCUGAAGUGACUGGUCCAUGCAAGGGUACCUUCAGGAGGUGGUACUUUGAUACCAGGACUGGCACCUGCUCCAAGUUUUUAUAUGGUGGCUGUUUUGGCAAUGAAAACAGGUUCCUAACAUCAGCUGACUGUGAAAGAAAAUGUCUGAAGAAGAUCAGGGAAGAGACAAAAGUCACACAUAAGAAACCUUCACAAGAAGUCUGCAGCCUACCCAAAGACCCUGGGCCAUGUAAAGAUCUGUUUAGAAAAUGGUACUUUGACCAGAGGGAUGGACAGUGCAAGCUGUUUGACUUUGGUGGAUGUUUUGGAAAUGGUAACAGAUUUGACACCCAAACUGAAUGCUUACAAAUAUGCUCUGGAGCAAAAUUACCUGUUCUAACACUGGACAAAUGCAGCCAACCUAAAAAGGUUGGUCCAUGUAAAGCUUUGGUGCCCCGUUGGUACUAUAACCAGGAGAUUAAGCUUUGUGAGCUGUUCCAAUAUGGCGGAUGCAAUGCCAACGAAAACAACUUCAAGUCAAAGGCUGAAUGUGAAAGUGAAUGUGUCAAAGUCACGCCAACUGCCAGUGCAAAGGUUCAAGAAGAUGGAGUCAUCACCAUAGACCGCUGUUUAUUGCCCAAGGACCCAGGACCAUGCUUGGCUAGCCUUAGUUACUGGGCAUACAAUGCCACCUGGGGGUAUUGUACACAGUUUGAGUAUGGUGGCUGUUUGGGUAACUCCAACCGUUUCCUUACCCAAGAAGAGUGCAUGGCUGAGUGUUCAACCAGGAUAGCAGAUAGACAGCUUGUAGGGCCUUCUUCAGAUGUGUGCCAGUUGCCCAAAGAUCAGGGUCCAUGCAGGGCCUUCUCACAGGUUUACUACUAUGACAGCAAGGAGGGCAAGUGUAAGCCUUUCUUCUAUGGUGGUUGUGGUGGCAACAGGAACAGUUUCCACACCAUAGAGGAGUGUGUUGAGAAAUGUGGUGGACCAACGGAGAGACCCAAUGGUGUGCCAGGGAUUGUGGUAGAGGAGACUUUGAUAACUCAACCAACACAACCAGAGACGGGUGUGCCCCUGCAGCCAGACCAACCUUCUGCAGAUAGAGGACAGGAAGCCUGUUUUGAACACAAAUCCCAUGGGCCAUGCCGGGGCUAUUUUCCAACCUGGUACUACGAUGCAGAAUCACGAGCUUGCCGCAGGUUUGUAUAUGGUGGCUGUAGAGGAAAUAACAAUCGGUUCCAGUCAUGGCAAGAGUGUGAGUUAUUCUGUCAAGAUGCCACACCACCACCCAGUACCGUGGCAACUACACAGCUUGUAAGGCCUGCUGUGGAAGUGACAACAGUGCCGCCACCUACAGUUGGUGCUCCAGACCCAGGUCCCAAGAUAACAGAGCCGCAGACUGAAGAAUUUGACAUGUGCUUUGAGAUCCCAGACCCUGGACCCUGCACAGACUUCACUUUCCAGUGGUAUUAUAACCUCAAUUUAAGAGAAUGUCGGGAAUUCUCAUAUGGUGGUUGUCAUGGAAAUGCCAACCGGUUUGCGAGUAAAGAAGAGUGUAAUGAACUGUGUGUUUUGAGGCACGCUGACAAGAGAGACUGCCCCUAUGGCCAAGAGUUUAUGGAAUGUGGUUCUGCAUGUGUGCGCACAUGCGAUGCGCCCAACCCACCAUGUACACUGAAGUGUGUAACACGUUGUCAGUGUCCAUCAGACAGACCUAUACUACAUGAGGGAGAGUGUAUUGCUGAGGAAAAAUGUCCAUCAUCUCCAGUUUGUCUUGGUGGUCAAGUAUUUAAUUCAUGUGGGUCUGCAUGUGCUGCCACGUGUGAAGAACCCAAUCCUUUCUGCACGAAACAGUGCGCGCCGCGCUGCGAGUGCCCACCUGACAGACCUAUACUACAUGAAGGGAAGUGUAUCACACAGAAGUACUGCCCAGCUCCACUAGAAUGCCCACCAGACCAGGUUUAUAUGGAGUGUGGCUCAGCUUGCAACCGUACCUGUGAAGACCCAGACCCAGUGUGCACAUAUCAGUGUGUAGGUCGCUGCCAGUGUCCACCAGAGAAACCUAUACUACACAGAGGAAGGUGCAUUUCCCAAGACUAUUGUCCAGUACAAAAAGAAUGUGAAGGUGGCCAAGAAUUUGUGAGAUGUGGCUCAGCAUGCUUACGUACAUGUGACAAUCCUAAGCCUGUCUGCACACGGGAAUGUGUAGCACAGUGUCAGUGUCCCUCCGACAGACCACUUUGGCAUGAAGGAAGAUGCAUUAGCCUUAGAUAUUGUCCAAUCAAACAAGACUGUCCAUCAGACAUGAUAUUUGAAAGUUGUGGCACUGCCUGUAGUCCAACCUGCAGUGACCCCAAUCCAGUCUGUACACGCCCAUGUGUGGCUGGGUGCCAGUGUCCCCCAGAGAGACCCAUACUUCACCAAGGAAGAUGUAUUACCCAAGAAUACUGCCCAGUGGAACAAGAAUGUCCAGAAGGUCAGGUAUUCACGGAAUGUGGUUCCCCAUCAGCAUGUUUCCGUACGUGUGGUGAGCCCAACCCGGUGUGUUCUCAGGAGUGUGUGGCCAGGUGUCAGUGUCCACCAGAGAAACCUCUGCAGGAGAACGGGAAGUGCAUCAGCCUUGAUGAGUGCCCUAAGCUACCUCAGAAAGUGUGUCAAGGUGAAAUGGUAUUUACAGUCUGUGGUUCAGCAUGUGUCCGUACGUGUGAAGACCCUGACCCAGUGUGCACACUUCAGUGUGUUCCCCAUUGCCAGUGUCCACCAGAGAAACCCGUACUACAUGAGGGGAGGUGCAUUGAAAAAGAAAGAUGUCCAGUCAAAAAAGUGAACACAUUGUCUGGCACUGAUGACAUCUGCAACCUGCCGUCUGCAGUCGGUGAAUGUCGCAUCCCCACAUUAAGAUAUUACUUCAACACCAAGACGCAGCAGUGUGAACCCUUCACUUACGGCAGCUGUGGAGGCAAUGAGAACAAUUUUGUGAACAUUAUAGAUUGUGUGGAGAGGUGUGGUAAAGGUCAAGGUAAAGGUCAAGGUCGACACCAUGACGACAUAGAGACCACCACAUCCACUAGCUACCCUGUUUUCACCACACCACUGGAAGUGACACCACUUCUUGUAGUUGUGGAUGCUGGUGUAGGGACUACUCCAACACCAGAGGUCACCACUGAAGCUAGAAGAGCCUGUCCUAUGUUCACCUGUGACAAGAACUGUUCCUAUGGCUUUGAGAAGAAUAGAGAUGGCUGUCAUGAGUGCCAAUGCUAUGAUCCCUGUCAGAAUGCAGUAUGUCCUGAGAACUUUGAAUGUAAAGUGGAACGUAUGGAAUGUGAGGUAGAACCAUGCCAGCCUCUGGUGGCUAUAUGCAGGCAGAGAAUCAAGCCAGGAGCCUGCCCUGCUUUUGGAGCAGAUCACCCCAGUGAGUGCCAGCAGAUGUGUAACGUGGAUCUGGACUGUGAUGGAGACCACAAGUGCUGCUUUAAUGGAUGUGGCACACAGUGUGUGGCUCCUUAUGAAGAGGUGCCAACCACAGAGGCUCCAGAGUUAGGCUGUGAGACCAGUGACUAUGGCUGCUGCCUAGACAAUGAGACACCAGCCCAGGGGUACAGCCUGCAGGGGUGCCCAGAGGAGGCCCCCAUCAUACUGGAUGUUGGGGAUACAGAAUACACAGUAGAGGCUGGAGGGUCAGUCACCCUGACCUGCACUGCCCAGGGAUCUCCCAUGCCACAGAUCACCUGGUAUAAAAACAGAUUCCCAAUUGUCCCAUAUUUAAUGAGGAGAUACCGAGUCCUCCCAGAUGGUUCUCUGGAUAUUACCAAGGCUAAUGCCUCAGAUUCUACAGGAUUUAUAUGCAGAGCUUACAAUGGUGUGGGACGCUCAGCUCUCAGAGAUUAUACUGUCACUGUCACAAUUCCAGUAACAAUUGCUCCUGGACCCUCUGUGGUCAUUGUGGAACCCCGAGCCUCCGUCUCAUUGCUCUGUGAAGCAUUUGGCAACCCCGCCCCCAAUGUAACCUGGAGUAGGAGAGGAGAGGUUGUCAUCAAUGAUGGCAGAAUCAGCGUGGAUGAGAACAACACUCUGACCAUAGCAGAUGCUUACCCUCAAGAUGAAGGAGACUAUUUGUGUACUGCUGACAAUGGCAUAAGUCUGGUUCAGAGGACAGUUACUUUGAGUUUAGAGCAGGAUGUCUCUGUUCAAGUUCUUGUGCACAAUACCACAUACACUGAGGAUGACACUGUGAACAUAUCAUGCCGAGCACUAGGCUAUCCUGUCCCCAGGCUGGAGUGGCUCAAGGAUGGGCAGGUGCUUCCUGAGGGAGACUUCUUAUUAAGAGUUGACAGAGGAGAUCUGUCCAUUCUUCAAGCUAUCCCCUCAGACAGCGGAAACUACACAUGCAGAGCUUCCAACAAUGUGCAGACUGUCACUGCCACCACAACUAUCACAGUCAAGCCAAAAUUCAUCCCUCCGCCCCCUGGUUGUUUGGACCAGCCAUUCUACGCUGACUGCAGCCUCAUUGUGGAGGCCAAUCUAUGUGAUCACAAGUAUUUCUCAAAGUUCUGUUGCCUCACUUGUCAUCGUGCAGGUCUACUGCCACAGGAACGCUACAAGACAUGACAGGAGAGUGGGGGAAGGAAGGCUCAGUAAUUCAACAGUAUUUGACAAUUGUCAUUUGUACAUGUACAGUCCUGUAGAGUUUUUAAAGAUUUUACCAGGUUUCAUUUUAUUAUAAACCUAAGAAAUGGUGGAGUGAAAAGACAAUUUGUAAUGGUGUUUCAAACAUGAAUUAUUUUAAUAGUUUUUUUUAACUUUUUGGGGUUUGAAUAUAACACAGAUGCCAAUAAUUCAAUGUUUUUAUAUUGAGACCACUUAAUUGUUUUAUUCUGGUGCUCUGGCAAUCCCUCAGUGUCAUAGUAAAUAUUAUAGUUACAGUGUCAAAGUUUAUUAUUUAUUAGGUAGAAGACUUAAGACACUGUUUUGGAAGAAAAAAAUAUUAUUUGGUUAACGAGCAGUAUUUAUCAUUUAGAUGAAUUUAUACCAUGUGAAGAGGAAAUGAGAAUGAUUUUAUUACUAGGAUUAUCUUAGAAUCACAUUUUGGUCAGUUUUAAUUUUUCUGUUUCUAUUUUCAUGUACUGAAGUAUUUCGUGUAUUUUACUAGUGGAAACAGCUCUGCU